AUGGAAGACUUUCUCCGUAACUGGAGGCAGGAAGCCCUCAACAGAGGACAACACGAUGCGGCCAUAUAUAUAGGUGAUAAAGUGCUAGCUUUUACAAGUGAUGAUAAUGAUGCCUUUUGGCUGGCCCAAGUCCACUUUUCCAACAAUAAUUACACCCGAGCAUUAGCUCUUCUGACCAGGAAAGAUCUAAUAUUCCGGAGUUCUUCUUGCAAAUAUCUCGCUGCCCAUUGCUACAUAAAACAAAACAAAUAUGACCAAGCACUUCAGGUGCUAGGUGAACACAACCCCGCACAUCUCAUUUCGACUGCUAGUAACAGCCGGCGAAAACUGCAGCACCGAAAUGAAAGUUCGCACAUUACCCUCCGGAAUGGAAAGUCUACAGCGUCUAGAUCGGAUAGAAUUGAACGGAAUGAGGAAAGAGAGCGCGAAGAUGCAAGCCACAUCAAAUUCGAAGCUGCCAUGUGCUAUUUGAGAGGCCUAUGUUACGCUCGUCAAAAUGCAUUUGACCGAGCUCGAGAUUGCUAUAAGGAUGCCGUACGAAUUGACAUCCAGUGUUUUGAAGCGUUUGAGCAGCUAAUGAAGAACUCUUUGAUGUCCCCUGCUGAAGAGCUGGAGUUUCUAGAGUCGCUUGACUUUGAUUCUAUGAACCCCUCCUCCGAUCCAUCCAUUUCCCAAGAAGCAGCUGAAUUUGUGAAGCUCCUCUACACGACACGGUUAUCCAAAUACUCGUCCCCUUCUGCCAUUUCUCACGCUACCGAAACCUUAUCUACACACUACAAUCUCGCAGAAAACCCUGAUCUUCUUCUAUCUCGCGCAGAAACACUCUACACUCAAUGCCGAUUCCCUGAGGCUCUCCAGCUAACCUCUUCUAUUCUCUCUUCCUUAGACUCUGAUUCCAUGUCCGCAGCAACGUCGCAGGGAAGUCAGAGUCGCAGCAUCGGUCAUUCUCCAUCUGUCUAUCCUUUACACCUUGCUUGUCUAUAUGAAACCGGCGCAACAAAUUCACUCUUUCUGCUAGCCCACACACUGGCGGAUAACGCACCGGAAGAGUCGUAUACAUACCUCGCCAUUGGCGUGUACUAUUUAUCCGUCUCAAAAAUUGCCGAAGCCAGACGAUUUUUUUCCAAAGCAUCCCUAUUAGACCCGCAUUCGGCGCCUGCUUGGAUCGGAUUCGCUCACACAUUUGCUGCCGAGGGAGAACACGACCAGGCGAUAGCAGCAUAUAGCACAGCCGCCAGGCUAUUUCAAGGAAGCCAUCUUCCUCAGUUAUUUCUUGGGAUGCAACAUCUCGCCCUAAACAACAUGUCUCUCGCCCAUGAAUACCUAUCGGCGGCUUAUAACAUGUCCUCCGGCUCUCUCUCUGCUACCUCGCGAAAUGGCUCUUUUUCGUUCGGCGCUGGUAACAUGCAGCCGCCACCUGGUGGCGACCCUCUUGUUCUUAAUGAGGUUGGAGUUGUUCUAUACCAUCAAGCUAAUCUAGAGGGAGCCAUUGAGUUCUUCCGGCGGACAUUGGCUUUAGCUGCUUCAUUACAAUGUGACCCGGGUGCCUGGUCAGCAACGCGUGCUAACUUGGGACAUGCAUUACGCCGGUUAGGCAGUUUUGAAGAAGCUCUGGUAGAAUUUGACGAAUGCCUUAGAAUUGGUGCCGGUGGUUCUACAACUGGCUAUACUGGUAAAGGUGGAGUAGGCGCCACUUUAUCUGCUGGGUCUGCUGCUGUCGGUGGCUAUGAAGACAGAGGUCUUACUGGUUCUUUGCACACAGCCCGUGGACUUGUUUUGCUGGAAUUGGGCAGAACCAUGGAGGCCGUCACCACCCUUCACGAAGCUGUUCGUGUGCUGGGUACGAGCGGAGGUGACGCAGCUGCUGGUGCAGGAGUUGCUGGGACAUUGCUUUCAAGGGCACUAGAAAUUUGGGCCCUAGAAGAAGGUGAUCGGGAUGCGGCCGCGACUGCCUCUGAGCAUAUAGAGACCGACAUUCCCACUAAGUCGAGACCGACCGCUGCCAAAGGAAAAGACGUGCAGAAAGCCAAAUCUUCAAGUCGGAUCGGCAGUAGAACCAGGUCGCGAAAAACUCCACUCCCUGCCCAGGAAUGGACGGAUGACGUUAUCAACCGCGAAUCUCCGAAUACCCCCGGCGGUCAGCGACCAGCUUCCAUGGAGUUGGAUGAUGAUGCGGAUGGCCUACUCAAUAAUGCUCUUGCACGUAUAAAAUCCAGACAUGCCACGAGACAACGAGAUGUUGGUCUAGGUGCGAAUGACCAGGCCUUUGAUACACCUGAACCCAGCCAAAGUACACGUGCAACAAGAGCGACCAGUAGACGCAAAACUCCAGUAACGCGUGGUCCUCCUGGAUGA